AUGGAUGUAAUUUGUAAUGUAUUAAAGGAAUACACAGAAACACCAAGUGAUAAUAUAAUUGAUUUAUUUAAAGAAUAUAGUGCUAACCCAAAAGAUAAAACGGAGGUUCAUUCGAGACUUAAAAAAAUAAAAUGUACUAAACUAAUGGCCUUUGAUGCUAACGGUUUGUACGCUUCCGCCAUGUCGGAUUUAGACAGCGAAUAUCCGAGAGCGGAAAGUGGUAGACCAUUUCGACAAGAAGAAAAUAAAGAAUUUGUUAAGCUUUUUAAUGAGCAAAAAUUCAGACCUAGAGCAGCUAUUUUAAAAGUCUGGUUUGAAUAUCCUACCAACAUGUUCUUCCAACUCAUACCAGCUAAAGAUAAAAUCACUUUCACGAAUAGAAUAGCUAAAUACGAAACUGGCACUAAAAUCAGGGCCGAUAUUCAAGAAAUUGUGAGAGCCGGUGGACGAAUUAUUGAAAUAUUAGAUGGUAUAGUUUACGAAGAAAAUUUUAAAACUUCACCCUAUAGAGAUUAUAUUUUAAUUUUGAGAGAUCUAAGAAAUAAAUAUAAACGAGAAGGUAAUAUCGUAGGUAGUAAUUGCAUGAAAUUAUUAGGUAAUUCAUUGUAUGGUAAAUCUAUUCAAAAGGAUAUAACUGCAUCGAGACAUCUAUGGAGUGAAGCGACUUUAAAAGCCAACUUCGAUUCACACGUUAUAAACUAUGAAAAAGUAAAUGAUAGUCAAUAUAUAGAGAUAAAUGAAGAAGAAAAAGAAUUUGACUGUACACCUCCUAAAUCUACAAGAGUAACACCUAGUCAUUUGGGAUCAUUCGUUUUAUCUCACAGUAAAAAAUAA